AUCUUUAAAUUUAAUUAACUUUUCUCUGCAAGUUCCUCUGUUCUGUUCUGAAACAGCCAUGAAGGGAGCACUGUUCAGAAACUUGUCUCUGUUCACGCGCCAUCUUCGUCUUUCUCCUUUCAAUGCGACUCCUCCUUCAUCAUCCUUCUCUCUUUCCUUAGCCGCUUCAACCGCACUAUGCACCAGAUUCUUCUCUUCUAGUUCCAGAAACACCGUUUCGGAUCAACCUAAUUUCUCUCACACCCACAACAAGAACGAUCCCAUCGAUGUUGAGGACAUUAGCAACGAAGAGCUGAAGAGGCGUGUGGCGAGGCUUCGAGAGGGUGAUGACGAGGCUAUACCUUCUUUGUUUGAGGCUAUACUGCAGAGGUCUUUAGCCGGCAAGCCUAUAGAGGACGACCCAGAGUUGAUGAGGGACAUUUUGGGGAAGGGGACAGAUUCAGAAGUUGAAGAUGAAGAUGAUGAUUAUUCUGAUUGGGAGGAAAGUAGUGACAUUGAUGAUGAUGGUAAAUGAAUGAAUGAGCUUGCUAUUGCCAAUAGCAGUGGCCACUGGCACUCAACAUUUUCAAGUCAACCGUGGAUUGAUGUUGUAUAAGAGUUACAAAUAAGGGUUUCAGUGCUACAUUGAUGGAAAAGUUUGGAACCUUUUGAUUUAUCUCAACAAUGAAAAUAUACAAGUUUGUGUCAUUUUAUUCA